CAUGGCUACAGCCCUGAACCCUCAGAUCGACGUGGAAGUUGAGGAGUGCUUCAUAAUGAAAGUGGAAAAGGACUCUGAGUGGGCAUCGGAGCCCAUUCUGAAAGGAUCAGAGAGCAAUGAAUGCGAGUCCUUUCGUAAAUGCUUCAGGCAGUUCUGCUAUGAGGAUGUGACGGGACCCCACGAAGCUUUUAGUAAACUCUGGGAGCUCUGCUGCCGGUGGCUGAAGCCAGAGAUGCGGUCCAAGGAGCAGAUCCUCGAGCAGCUGGUCAUUGAACAGUUUCUCACCAUUCUGCCCGAGAAGAUCCAGGCCUGGGCACAGAAGCAGUGUCCGGAAAGUGGAGAAGAGGCUGUGGCCCUAGUAGCGCAUUUAGAGAAAGAGACCAGAAGACCGCGAAAGCCGGUCAGUAGUCCCCGACACUCAGAGAAGCAAGCCCCACUUGGAACUGUGUGGGAAGUAGCUGACUUUGAGCCAGAGCAACUGGAGACCCAAUGCAGGGUUGUUUCUCUGGAGGAAGCUGAAAGCCCCCCCUCAGGACACCAGGAACAGCUGAACCAAAAAAGAGAGCUUAGGCCAUCACCUAAGAAUGCUUGCUCUUCUCUCUGGGUUCCUGUCCCUAGUGAUGAGUGGAACACAGUAGAUCAGGAGGUGACAACCCAGGAACCAGGGAAAGGUGUCCACACAGUGAGAAGCUUCUCCUACAAAAAGAGUGUGCAUCGGGUUCCUGCUCACAAAGAUCUCUACCACGAAAUCAGGAAGGGAAGUGCAGGGAGCAUGGAUCCCCUGGGAGGCACUGUGACUACACCUAACAAGAUAGCCCAGUUGGAACAGAAAACAGAACCGUGGACUGUAGGUCUACAUUCCUCAGAUAAGAGGAAUAGUGUCCUGCGAAGCAGCUACAUCAAAGAGAAACCAGUGCGUGCCAUCCAGAUCCCAGCAAAGAAUGUGGGGAAAGUGUGGCGAGAGCAGCAACAGUGGGGGUUAGAAGAUGAAAAAAUUGCAGGUGUGCACUGGAGCUACGAGGAAACCAAGACUUUUCUUGCAAUUCUUAAGGAAUCUCGCUUUUAUGAAACACUCCAAGCUUGUCCCCGAAAUAGCCAGGUAUAUGGUGCUGUGGCUGAGUGGUUGCGAGAGUGUGGCUUCCUCCGAACACCAGAGCAGUGCCGGACCAAGUUCAAAAGUCUUCAGAAAAGUUAUCGAAAAGUAAGAAACGGUCACAUGCUCGAACCCUGUGCCUUCUUUGAGGACAUGGAUGCCUUGUUAAACCCCACAGCCCACACUUCAUCUACUGAUAAGCCACAGGCCGUGAUCUCUCUCCCCAGACUAAAGAGGACUGGUGUCGGUGCUAAAGAACAGGUCAGUUUGGUGGAGGAGGAGGAGGAAGGUGCUGAAGACUCCGAUGGUGAUGAAGCGGGCGUUGAGUUUAUUCGCAAGUCUGAAAUUCGUACCGCCCCAGUUUUGUUUCAGAACCUAAGUGGUGUGCACUGGGGCUAUGAGGAAACCAAGACUUUCCUGGAUAUCCUUCGUGAGUCCCGGUUUUAUGAAGCACUGCAAGCCUGUCAUCGAAAGAGCAAACUGUAUGGAGUCGUGGCUGAGCAACUUCGUGAGUGUGGCUUUCUCCGGACCCCGGAACAAUGCCGAACCAAGUUCAAAAGCCUUCAGAAGAGUUACCGAAAAGUGAAGAACGGCCAUGUACUGGAGUCCUGUGCAUUUUACAAGGAGAUGGAUGCCCUAGUGAACUGCCACACAUCUGCCUUUUCCACCGACACCUCAGAAGAGAUCCCAUCACUCUCAAGGCAAGAAAGAGGACAUACUGAGGUCAAACCCCAAGAGCCUACAACCUGGGAGGCUGACGAGACCUCGCAGGAAGCAGUGUUAGACGAUUCUGACAGUGAGAGAAUGAGUGAGGAGGAAAUUAUAGAAGAGCCGGAAUUCCAAGGACCGAUAAGCCUACCGCAAAGCCCAACUGAUUUUGAAAUUGGAAGCAGUAUUAAGGAGGACCCAACACAGGUAAUAUUUAAGGGCACAGAGCCCCAUAGAGCUUUAAUAGAAAAGUCUAAAAGAUUUGUUUCCCAGAAUACCAACCCCAAUAAAUAUUAUAAAAGGGAAUGCAUCUCAGGAAGACAAUGGGAAACCCUGCAAGGAAUUAGACAGGGAAAAUUGAUGUCUCAACCCAGAGACACAGGGAAGGCUGUGGUGCAUCAGAGGCCUUUUUUGGGGAGGAGACCAUACAGACUUCUCAAAUAUGGAGAAAAUUUUGGAAAGAGUGCCCGUCUCAUGUGCAGGACGACCCACCCGAAGGAGAAUCCUUAUAAGUGUGGUAUCUGUGGGAAGUGCUUUGGUAGGAGCAGGAGCCUAAUCAGACACCAAAGGAUCCACACUGGGGAAAAGCCUUUCAAAUGUCUUGACUGUGGGAAAAGCUUUAAUGACUCCUCAAAUUUUGGGGCCCACCAGAGAAUCCACACUGGAGAGAAGCCAUACAGAUGUGGGGAGUGUGGCAAAUGCUUCAGUCAGAGCUCAAGUCUUAUCAUCCAUCAGAGAACCCACACUGGAGAGAAGCCCUAUCAGUGUGAGGAGUGUGGGAAAAGCUUCACCAACAGUUCUCACUUCAGUGCCCACCGCAGAGUCCAUACUGCAGAGAAUCCCUACAGAUGUGGGGACUGUGAGAAGAGCUUCAAUAACUGCACAAGACCUCGAGAACACCGGCGCAUCCACACUGGAGAGAAACCCUACACAUGUGCCCAGUGUGGCAAACAUUUCAGUAAGAAUUCUUUCCUUGCCAAACACCGGGAAGUCCACCUGAGAGAGAAGCUACUGCCAUACUCUCCCUCUGUGUACUCCCCAGAGACCCCACUGAAGGGCAAAAGUGAGGAGAUCUGGAAGGCCCUUUGACAGUGCGUUCUUCCCGUGCGCCCUGUAGCCAU